AUGAUGAGAGCCUACAUUCAAAGAAAUAAGCCCAAAGAGGCAAUCUUUUUGUAUAGAUUAAUGUUGAAAAAUAAUUUGAUUGUAGAUAAUUAUACUUAUCCUUUAAUGGUCCAAGCUUGUGCAUUGAGGUUAGUAGAAUUUGAGGGAAGAGAGUUUCAUGAUCAUGUGAUUAAAAUGGGUUUUGAUAGUGAUGUUUAUGUGCAGAAUACUUUGGUUAAUAUGUAUGCAGUGUGUGGGAACGUGAGGGAUGCAAGGAAGUUGUUUGAUGAAAGUCCUGUAACAGACUUGGUUUCGUGGAAUUCGAUCUUGGCUGGGUGUGGUAGGGUGAGUGAGGCUCUUCAACUGUUUAGGGAAAUUGAUGAGAAAGAUUUGGUCUCCUGGACAGCUUUGAUAUCGUGUUAUGAGCAAAAUGGCCUGUAUGAAGAGGCUCUGAAGUUGUUUGGUGAGAUGUGUUCUAAUGGGCCUGCUCCUGAUGAAGUUGUGAUGGUGAGUGUGCUCUCUGCUUGUUCACAUCUGUAUGUUGUUAAAACAGGGGAAUUGGCACAUGGUCUGGUUAUAAGAAUUGGUUUUGAAUCUUAUCUAAAUCUCCAAAAUGCUUUGAUUCACAUGUACUCUUCUUGUGGAGAUCUAGUGGCCGCGGAAAAGUUGUUUGAUGCUGGUCGAUUUCUGGAUCAGUUUUCUUGGAACUCCAUGCUUUCUGGCUACUUGAGAUGUGGCAGAGUGGAAAAAGCUAGAGCUUUAUUUGAGUAUAUGCCUGAAAAGGAUGCUGUUUCAUGGGGUGCAAUGAUCUCUGGGUAUGUCCAGCUUGGUCAAUUUUCAAAGACUUUAGAAUUGUUUCAAGAGAUGCUGAUGAAGGAUGUCAGGCCUGACGAAACAACUCUGGUUAGUGUGAUUUCAGCUUGCACCCAUGUGGCUGCCCUUGACCAAGGGAAAUGGUUACAUGCUUAUAUAAGAAAAAAUGGACUAGAUAUAAAUAUCAUUCUCGGCACCACCCUUAUUGACAUGUACAUGAAAUGUGGAUGUGUGGAAAAUGCAGUGGAAGUCUUUACCGGCAUGAAAGAUAAGGGGGUUUCCACUUGGAAUGCUCUAAUUCUUGGCUUAGCAAUGAAUGGUCAGGUGGAAAGAUCCCUUGAGAUCUUUGAACAGAUGAAAAUAAGUGAAGUAGUACCUAAUGAGAUAACAUUUGUGGCAGUUCUUGGGGCUUGUCGACACAUGGGCCUAGUAGAUCUCGGGCGUGGUUACUUUGAGUCGAUGACCAAGAUAUACAAUGUUGAACCUAAUAUUAAACACUACGGCUGCAUGGUUGAUCUUCUUGGACGUGCGGGCCUUCUGAAAGAAGCUGAGAAGCUCAUUCAUAGUAUGCCUGUGGUGCCAGAUGUUGCAACUUGGGGUGCCUUGCUUGGAGCUUGUAAAAAAUACGGAGACAAUGAAAUGGGAGAAAGGGUGGGGAGGAAGCUUAUUGAGCUUCAGCCUGAUCAUGAUGGCUUCCAUGUAUUAUUGUCCAACAUAUAUGCUUCGAAAGGUGAUUGGAAUGAUGUUAUGGAGAUCAGAGGGACAAUGAUGCAGCAAGGUGUUGUUAAAGUGCCUGGUUGCAGUAUGAUUGAAGCCAAUGGUGUUCUUCAUGAAUUCCUGGCGGGUGACGAAUCACACCCUCAAAUGAAAGAGAUUGAGAUAAUGUUAGAUAAAAUGGCUAAGAGACUGAAAAUAUUAGGUUAUGCACCUGGUGUCAAUGAGGUUUUCUUUGACAUUGAUGAGGAGGAGAAGGAAACUACUUUGUUUAGACACAGUGAGAAGCUUGCUAUUGCCUUUGGACUUAUUGCAAUUAGAUCACCAACACCAAUAAGGAUAAUGAAAAACUUGCGAAUCUGUAGUGAUUGUCAUGAGGCUGCAAAGCUAAUUUCUACAGCUUUUAAUCGUGAAAUUGCGGUGAGGGAUCGACAUCGUUUUCACCACUUCAGAGAUGGUUCUUGUUCUUGCAUGGACUAUUGGUAGUAACAUAUGCCAGGAUGCAGAGAAUCAGUUAAAGAGAGUAGGCUCGAAAUGUUAUGUAUAAGUUACUGAAUGGCUUGGUCUUCCUUGCUUCUGAGAAUAUGCCAGCAUUAACAUAAUCAUUUGUGGGUUUACCAUCACAAGUGAAACUAGAACUAGUGGGUUGUAAAUUAUACCGAGCAUAUGCUUUGAACGUGCCUUGGAUCUUCUGUUUCUUGUCCUCAUAAGAUCGGCUCGUUGGGCCUUGGCAAAG